AUAUGCCUCGUUUACAUGGCCGUAAGUUUAUGGUCUUCUCGACUUUAGAAAACCUGUCAACAAAAGUCUAGAAUUAUCAAAUCGUUGCGUGCUUCAAGCCAUGCCAGUCGAAUUCACAAUUUCCUCGAAAAUUCUUUACGACGCCGGUCUUCAAUCAUCAAAAUGUUCUUUUCAUCCGCGUGAACCAGUUCUCGCCUGUGCAAUCGACGGCGGAAAAAUUUGCCUAUAUCACAAGCAACACAUCGAAUUGAACGGUGGUGCCGAACUGAUUGUUCCAUUGUCUCAGUGGAGCGAGACAGUGCUAAAUCCUGUUCCAACCCAACACCCCAUUUCCGGAAUUUCCUGUUUACAGUGGGACGUGGAAGGAAAACGAUUAGCUGUUGGUUACGAAAACGGCACGUUGAUUUUGUGGAGUCGGGACGGAUGUCGUUUGUUUGAGAGGAGAAAGCACACCUCUUUCAUUUCGAGCAUUCGUUGGAACCCAAUCCAGCUCAAUGUCUUCGCAACCGGAAGUAAUGACAGGUCAGCCAUAGUGUGGGAUGCUGACAGGAAACCUUCGCCGCUGGUUCAACGAUUUGUUGCUCACGAAGGCGAUCGAAUUCACGACGUCGUUUGGAUUUCCGAAAAUCAAUUCGCUUCUUUUUCCAGAGACCAAAAUGACGGGAUAAUUCAUAUUUGUCAAAUUGGUAGAGAAAGUCCCGUCAUGACUUUCCUACACGGUGAUUCAAUAAAUGCCCUGAAAUGGAACGGCCCAUUCAAACUUUUGGCUUCGGUGUCAUCUUCCAGCAACGACCAGCUGCUUUUACAGCUUUGGUCAACGAGUCGAAAAGAUCCAAUCAGAAGACUCAAUUACACAAAUAAAUCGGCAGUCGGAUGCAUUGAUUGGUUUCCACCGGGACGUGAGUCUGAUUCGUUAAUCAUUGUCGGGGGAUGUGCGGAUGGUUCCGUAGUCGUCUGGAACCUGAAGGACGACGAAGAUCAACACCAAACGCUUUACGGACAUGCUGUUGCCGUUAACGAUGUAUCCUUUUCGCCGGACAGGAGAUGGUUAGCCUCCGUUGAUCGGGAUGGACACUUGAUCAUCAGAUUAACGAACGACUGGCGAAAAAUGUACGAGGCCAAGACGGGACCCAAUUACUGGCACCAAACUCUUUCGUGGAGCGGAUCCAGUGACAAAUUAGCAGUUACGAACGUUAGUUCCGAGGUUUUCGUUGUCGAAAUGAUCCAUUGGCAUCAACAGUAACUCGAAACGGUGCAGCUUCGCACCGUUGAAAAGCCUGCGAAUCUGCGAGUCUUCGAGAUUCUCUUCUCGCACGGUUGUGAGUUGCGUUUGACUCAUGUUCUAGUGUUUGUCGCGAAACGUUCCAGCCCUUGUUUGUUUGUGCUAUAACACGAGUCAUGAGAGCGAAACGUGACCGCUUGUUUGCUUUUCGACACUACACCACGAAAAAUCGCGCUGCUUCAGCGUGAACGUGCAAACGUGGCCACUUUUGAUUUCAAGUCAACAACGACACGCAAACAGGCCGGGAGAAAAAUAAAACAGCCAAAAUGGCGACGGCUUUUCGGAACUCGAAAAAAAAAAACGUAAAAAUUGAUUUGCGUAUUUUUUCUUCUGGUUUCUCAAACUCGUUGAAAUUUUUUUAAUUGCCUCGACCAGUGGGUAAAAGAAAUGUUCCACUUGUUAAUGAGCCCAAGUUUCAUCAUCGAAACAGACACUCAUUACGAAUACGUGGUACUGCGUUACCUCGCUGGACAUUCGAUCCCUUUAAAGUCAAUGAAAAAGACUCUUGUUUUCGUUUUUUUUUUUGUAAUCAUUUUAAUCAGUCGAAAGGAAUGUGCUUAUACAUUGAAUAAAAAAAAAAAAGACGAACUGAAAUCAGAAUCGCACUAAAAAGAAAACAAACUUGACAAUUGAUGAGGGGAAUGUGAAAUUUAAAAAACGAACAGACAAUGAUAGGAAUGAAAUGUUUACGUUCAUUCAUGAAGAGUGGGGACGUUCCAGCGAAUGGACGGGAAAUGAGU